CAGAUUUAAAAACUGUUUCAAAUGUCCUGAUGGCUGAGUUGGAAAAAUUAGGCCUCAUCUAGGAUUUUUCUUUUUAUUACUGUAACAAAAACAUGACAGUAAAUGCACUAAUUGGAUUUGGUAACCCGUCAAUACUUGAAUAGUUUGAAUUUUAAUGUUGCUGCGCACAGACUUGAUUAGAUCCAUGCAGGACCGGCAUUGGUAUCUAUGUAUAUAUAGUGUGUAAUCAUUCAAAUGUGUGCAUAAACUGAAUAUAUUUAGGCUAACAUGUCAUUUUAACACAAGCAUUGGCAUAACUCGUAUCACUUGGUAAAAUAGUCAAGUUUAAACUAUUCAAAGUUCAUCAAUGGCAGACAUUACAAAAGCUAUGAGUUACUUGUACGAGAGCGGACCGGUGUUCGAGUCCUACCCUUCCGCCUCACAAGAGGCGGGGGCAUCCGGUGAUGGCGGCGAAACAACGGAAUUUAAUAAAAGUUUCAACGCUACUGUGUCCCUUAUCAACGCUACCGAUGUGGACGAUGACGGAAUGAUAGAGGCAGUGAUGGGCACGCAGUUUCCCUACCACAUGCUCGGCUUCACUGCCGCAUGUGCCUUCAUCAUCGCAAUUCUUGGUGCCGUCGGCAACCUGCUGACGAUAGUAGCGCUCCCGAUGAGCCGCAGUCUGCGCACCACAGCCACCGCCUUCGUCGUCAACCUCGCCGUCGUGGAACUGCUCUUCUGCGUGUCUGUGCUGCCGCUGUCUGGUGCUCAGUACAGCUACCUCAUGCUCUUCAACACAAGCCUGUUAUCGGACAGCGCAUGUAACUACUUCGCGGUGAUGCGGUAUUCCCUCACGCAGAUCGAACUCCAGACCAUCCUCGCCAUCGCGCUCAUGAGAGCUGUGGCGGUGUCCUGCAUGAACCUGUACAGGAAAAUCAACACCCCCGUCGUGGUGGGUGUCUACAUCGCAAUUAUCUGGGUGUACUCAUUUGCCCUCAAGAUACCCACCGCAAUGGGGAAAUUCGGGCAUUACAGCUACAACAACCUGACGAUGGAGUGCGACAUGGGCAACGACAGGGCAUCUUUGGUGGCUCGGAAAUGGAUUAUACGAAUUGAAGCCAUCGCUCCUAUCUUCAUCAUCGUCAUACUCUACGUCUUCAUAUUUGUCAUGCUGAUGCGGAGGUGUCGCAAGCGCAUCCGCAGGUUGCAGAAACGGAACUCCAGCUUCGGCGCCAGCAAGGCUCAACCGGCGGCGGUGAAGCUGAGCUCUCGUCGCGUGUCGCGAGCUACCGCGAAGAAGCGGGCGCCACCGCCGGAUAAAGCCACUGGGGUCGAGCAGGAUCCUGAACCCCAGCAGGAGGAAAAGGAAGACCCUGCGGAGGACGGCCCCUUGAAGAGCCCCCGUAGGCUGUCAUCCGCGAGCUUCAAGGGCCUCAAGCGAAUGGUUUCGGAUAAAAGCUUUAGGGCUACAUUUGGACGCAUCUCAGGCUUGCAUUUAGUUUCCAAACGCGCCCGCCGCUCUUCGAACCUGAGUCAGAAACUGUCCACCAGCCGAAGAGAUAUGCGUGUUGCACGCACAAUCUUCAUCAUAUUCGUGCUGAUUAUGGUGUGCAGCGUACCUGUGAUGGUGGUGCACGCAAAGGACCCUACGGUUAAGGACCCGAACCGCUUCCUCAUCGUGCACAUCCUGUACUGGGUGCAGUACUGUGUCAACGUCCUCAUAUAUGUGCUCAUGAACCGGCAAUACCGCGAUGCAUACCUCGAAGUUUUGUCCAAGUUGGUACCUUCGUGGCGACGCCACAAAGGGUACAUGUUCCCUUGGGAGACGCCCAGCACCACCUCCAAGCCUACAGUUCCUACUAACAAUGUGUCCACCAAAAGCAGGAAAGGAUCGCAGAAAGAUACUUCCACACGGCGUGACAGCGAUGCUAUGAGUGGAGGGUUAGCUUACCCAAGAUCUGGUCGACUCUCAGCUAUCCCUGAGCGUGGAUCAUCGUCUGUAGGAGAUGAAUCGCUUGUACUGGAAGGCCAAGUUUUGCCUCUGGCGACUCCUCCAGUUGAUAUUCCAAGACGAGGAUCUCAAAGUUCAUUGAAGACGGCUUCACCUCCCACUCCAUUGUCUUACGACUCUGGAAACGGACAUUUCACUUCCAUGCCAUGUUCCCCUCUCGGUUUUAGUGGUUCAUAUUCGCCGUCGGAGUCAUACUUGGAAAACGGCAAAACACCAGAAAACAAGAAAACGGCAAAUGGUGCUCAUUCCAGCAUGAAAAGUCUGCAUGAUAAAUUGAGCGCUAUCAGCGUAGAAGAAUUGUCGCCCUUGAACGAUAUUGGUGAAACGGAAGAGGUUACGGAGGGUGAACAUCAGCUGGAUUCUCCAGGGAUAAAGAGGAAAAAUUCCUACACGACUAUCAACGGAACAUCGACCGCAAAUAUUGAAAAAGCUGAUGCAGUCUAGAGUGACUUGAAUUUGAUCAGUGAUUUGCAAUUUUUUUGGACAAGCGGUUAGAUUUCCCCCAUGAAUGCGUUAUCUAGGGCUCGAUUAAGAUUCCUACUCAUACCGUGAUCAAUUUAUCACCCCGUGAAAUAAUUUUCUUAUGAGAUCUGGAUGAAGUUGUUGCAUGCUGCCGUGGUAAGCCAUUUCAGAUAAACGUAGAUAUAAAUAAUAUAAAUUAAUAAAAAAAGGAUGUAUAAAUAGUGGCGUAUCGGGUUAAAUGGGUCUCAGAGACCACCAAGAACAACAAGGUCCAAGCCAAUUGCCACUUCUGAUCGCCUCCGGAGAAGCCAUGCCUUAUUGCCUCGAAUUUCCUACGCAGGCUCCCAUGCGGUCGGUCUUAUACAGCCACCUUACUCCUACUGUUACUACUUACAGCCACCCAUCUUACUCAUUCAGGGUAGGCUUUUCUCCGAGCACAUGCAUCCUACUCGUUCAGAGUAGGACGUUCUCCGAGCGCCUACAUCCUACUCGUUCAGAGUAGGACGUUCUCCGAGCGCCUGCAUCCUACUCAUUAAGGGUAGGACGUUCUCCGAGCGCCUACAUCCUUCUCGUUCAGAGUAGGACGUUCUCCGAGCGCCUGCAUCCUACUCAUUAAGGGUAGAACGUUCUCCGAGCGCCUGCAUCCUACUCAUUAAGGGUAGGACGUCCUCCGAGCGCCUACAUCCUACUCGUUCAGGGUAGGACGUUCUCCGUGCGCCGCGUGUGUCAGGGCGGAGAAUGCUCCACUCAACGCAUUAUUCUACUCGUAAUUUUUCUCGACCGUUCUCGUCUCCUCGCUACUUGGACAGCCAUAAUCAGGCUUUGGUCUUGUUGACCUCUCUACCAAUAUUUUCUGAACUUGUUCCACUUUGGGUAUUCCGCACUGAACCUCACACCCUUUUUCUGAAGAGCCUAAAUGUUGACACUGCAUAAAAUAACAUUACAAGAGGCCUCCAGGUGCAGUUAAUCGUCACCAGAAGACAACGAUGGCUUAGAGUUGAUGUUAUGCUUUUUUUGCUUGGCUCAGAAACGAGUCGAAAGAAAUAUUAAUUAAUUUCUUUCUUUUGGCGAUUUUUCAUUGUGGUCUAUAAGGGCUUCAGAGCGGGAUGCUUUCCACUUUUAUUUUGGAGCUGAAUUUUUGCAGUCGAAAAUCGAAAAUUUUGAUGAUGAUAAUGCAAUGAUGCAAGAAACGUGGACCUAAGUCACUCAUGUAUAACGAAAAAAUAUUCCAUUAUUAUUUUAAUUUAGAUGCUAUUUCAAAGCCUGCACUCGCUAUCAAUAUGGAAGUAAUUGUCUUUAAGUGUAUACAUUGUGUAUUUCGUUAUUAAUGUUAAGGUUAAGGUUAUUGGACCUGAUGAGAAUGUGUCGUUACCAAUAGCGUGCUAAAACGAGUGCCAUGAUAACUUGCCAAAGCUGUGAUAUGGACAUGUAAAACACUAGCGUUAACUCAUUUAAUGAGUCAUUUUUUGAAUAUUUAAUAUUAAAAUCACUAUAAGACUGCCCUAACCUGUGUUAAUUUAAAAUAACCAAGACCAUAAAAUACCCGGUAAUCAUUACGAAGCUUAGAAUGAUAUGCUAACAAGAAACGUUGAUGUGACCUGUAACAACGAGUUAUCCUUAUUGCAGGUCGUUGUUCUACUACUACCAGGUUCGUGGUGAUUCGGUGUUUUCACUAUAAUUUGGUAAAAAUAAUCUCGUUUUUGUUUUAAAAUAUUUCAAACUUACCGUGUGUAUAAAAUGCUGCAUUGCUUCCUAUCACUUUUUAUUAAUUAUGUUUGAACAAGUUAAAUAUUUUUAAGCAGUUAGUUUAAAUUAGUGCUAUGAAAUUAUUUAACACUUGAAAUUCCGUAAGCCUAACCUAGAAUCCUUCAAUGGUGAAAAGUUCAAUUUCUCACCGUUAUUGGUAAAUUAGAUUUAGCUUCAUGGAACAAUAACAACUAUACAAAAAUUCUGAAAGAAAACUUUAAAAUUAUUCAAACAUGUUCUAUAUGUGCCUGUUAUUAUACAUAGAGAUGUCAGUAUCAUUAGUACGGUAAGUGCCAUAAUGCUUGCUAUCAUUGUACGAGAACGUGAACUUAACAACGCAAGAGACUCAAUUUGUUCUAUAGACCCUAGCAUUUUUAAUCUCAUACAAUGAUCUUGAUCCUAUUAAUACUAAUUCUAUUAAAAUUCCUACUUAAACCACAGACAAACCUAGACUUGGAACUUGGAAAUCUUCAUAAAUAAAUCGUUGGCGUAAAUACCGUGUGGUCAGCUAACUUAAGAUUCGUAGUCGCAUUUAACGACGUCGUAAGCACGAAAUUUUAUUACUGAACCAAUAUUGUUCAGUUGUAUAUGGACUUAUAUUGUUUUGUUAUUAUUUUUACAAUAGUCUGAUAUGAUUACCUUAGCAUUAAACUUAGCGCUGCGUAGAUAAUAAUGAAUACCGGAUGGACAAUAUAGCUGUGAAUUUGAAGUAGGUACUCAAUAAUAAAAAUUGAGUGGGCAUUUGUGUAUGAUGUAUAACGGACAUAGUUGAGGUUUCCUAUUGAGUGUUAAACUGAGAUCUGAGUUUACAAUACUUUUCUGGUUACCGUUCAAGUAUUGUAUUGGAUGCGAAUUAAUUAAGUUGGCACAUUUCCCUCGUGCAUUAUUAUUAUUUUUUUUUUUGCUCUGAAAAUCAAUUAAUGAACGUCUUCUUUGAAGUGAUUUAGGACGAGAAGAAACUUCUUUUUAAACAUUCCUAGAAUUAAUGUGCUUAAUAUUUAAUCACUUGAUAAGAACUAGAUUGAUAAUUUUAUUAAUAAAUCGUGAAUAACAUGUUGGAUUGAGUAUUCGCGUUUAAAAAGACACGAUGUAUUCAAAACCAUCGGUUAUUUCAGGUAUUUGAAUCACUAAUCAAAUAUUUAGCAUUGGGCAUCAGCCUGCCCAGUGUGGAUGUGCCAUUUUUUAUUUAUUUUCGUUUCUAUUCUGACACGCAUGAUCGAUGAUAGAAUGUGGCAUGAAAUUACGUAGCCUAUUGCUUAAUAAGGUGUAGUAUCUCAAGAAGUAUAUUAGCCUGCAUGUUUAUAUGAAUAAACUACUACACAAUUGUUUAUUUUUA